GGCUCAUAAUUCAUGAUCUCUUUCAACAAUAUGAAUGAAAUCGACCAUUUUAGUGCGAAGUGCAAUUGCUUUGUACAUUUCAAACAGUGUUCAUCAUUGGUUAUCGCUCCCUGUCCGGUUUGAUUGAGUUGUGUUAGCUAGCUACCGUAGGUAGCUAUGAUAACUAUGUAGCUAUCCCAGACUUGAUCUACAUGAAUCAGAGAUGCAUAGUCAUAUAGCUAGUUAUCAGAAUAUUAAUUGUUAAAUAUAUCCCGUUUAUGCAUGCAUGCAUGGAGACUAGUGGCGUGUGUAUCAGAACUAAUCAGAUAGUGGGGUACGAAAUCAUUAACACCCAUAAAGAUAAGCAGAAAUGGCUCUAAAAUAUAUAAUUCAAAUAUUGAGCUAUAUUGUAUGCUCAACAUUUUUUGUAAAUUAUAUUAUUAUAUACUAAUACAAAUGCUCAGAGAAAUACAUUUUGUUUAACAAGUAACACAUGUUUUUCUCAAAAAGGCAAGGGUCAACAUGAUUGACUCCCUAGUUCUGGUAGCCUGGCCGGUAGGCGCGUUUGGCCAGUAACCGAACUGUUAAAUAAAGGGGUGUCAGAGUUUAAAUAUGUCGUGGAUAAGGGAAGGUGAAUUGAACCUCAUUGAGAAGCUCUCAGCCAACAUACUGAAGGCUGGCCCGAUGCCCAAACAUGUGGCCUUUAUCAUGGAUGGCAACCGGCGCUACGCCCGCAAGCGUCAGGUGGAGCGCCAGGAGGGACACACACAGGGUUUUGACAAACUGGCAGAGACACUACGCUGGUGCCUGAACCUGAGCAUCCAUGAGGUCACCGUGUACGCCUUCAGCAUCGAGAACUUCAAGCGGUCUAAAGACGAGGUGGACGGCCUCAUGGAGCUGGCCAAGCAGAAGUUCAUCAGACUGCUAGAAGAACAGGAUAACCUGGAGAAGCAUGGGGUGUGCAUCCGGGUGUUGGGAGACCUGACACUACUGCCUCUGGACCUGCAGCAGCACAUAGCCCGGGCUGUGGUGGCCACCAGGACUCAUAACAAAUGCUUUCUGAACGUGUGCUUUGCCUACACCUCAAGACAUGAAAUCGCUAAUGCCGUCAGAGAGAUGGCUUGGGGUGUGGAGCAGGGACUUAUCAAAUCCAGUGAUGUGUCGGAGGCCCUGCUGAGUCGGUGUCUGUACAGCAGUAACUCUCCCAAUCCUGACCUGCUCAUUCGCACGUCUGGAGAGGUGCGACUCAGUGACUUCCUGCUGUGGCAGACGUCCCACUCCUGCUUAGUGUUCCAGUCAGUUCUGUGGCCAGAGUACUCCUUCUGGAACCUGUGUGAAGCCAUUCUGCAGUAUCAGCUCAAUCACAGACCUCUUCAGAAAGCCAGAGAUCAACACAGAGAGGGACAGGCCCUACAGCAGCAUGAGGCAGACCGGGCCUGUUUAGCAGACCUCCUACAUCACCACGGCAAUGGAAAGGAAGCACUGCUCAACUACACUGCCAGCCGAGAGGAACGGGUUCAGGACUUCCUUGGUGCACUCCAGCACAAGAGAGACUCCUUCCUUACUGACUUAACCAGCCAAGCUGCUCUGGCAUAAAGAGGGGAUGAGAGGAACAUAAUGCUCCCCAUCCUGAAUUGGGGGAGCAAUCCCAUCUCUCUUCCUCUUCCCUAAAGGGCUGAGUGGUUUUAAACUUCUUAUUUUGUAUGAGUGAUUUUACCCCUAUGGGGCUGUAUGUGGGAUAUUUAUGUGUAUAUUCUAAAAGAGAAGUCUGAUCAAAGUCUAAUAAAAAGAGAAGUCUGGUAAAGAGCUAAUAAUUAUAUAAGUUCUGUAAAAUCUGUCUGUCAAAUGCAUGCCAUAGAUAUUCUUGUUGGAUUGAUAUUCACAAUGAAAUCUGAGUACUCGCUCCCAGAGAAGAUACACAUCGGAGGCAACCAUUUACCACAGCACCAGCUACACUACAUGACCAAAAGUAUGUGGACAACUGCUCGUCGAACAUCUCAUUUCAAACUCAUGGGCGUUAAUAUGCGGCAGGUAACCUAGUGGUUAGUGUUGGGCCCGUAACUGAAACGGUUGCUAGAUCGAAUCCCCGAGCUGACAAGGUAAAAAUCUGUUGUUCUGCUCCUGAACAAGGCACUUAAGCCACUGUUCCUAGGCCGUCAUUGUAAAUAAGAAUUUGUUAUUUACUGACCUGCCUAGUUAAAUAAAAAUUUUAAAAACAUGGAGGUCCCCCUUUGCUGCUAUAACAGCUUCCAUUCUUUUGGGAAGACUGUCCACUAGAUGUUGGAACAUUGCUGCGUGGACUUGCUUCCAUUCAGCCACAAGAGCAUUAGUGAGGUUGGGUACUGAUGUAGGGCGAUUAGGCCUGUCUUGAAGUUGGCGUUCGAUGGGGUUGAGGUCAGGUCUUUGUGCAGUCCAGUCAUGUUCUUCCACACUGAUCUCGACAAACCAUUUAUGUAUGGACCUCGAUUUGUGCAUGGGGGCAUUGUUAUGCUGAAACAGGAAAAGGCCUUCCCCAAACUGUUGCCACAAAGUUGGAAGCACAGACUCGUCUAGAAUGUCAUAUGCUGUAGCCAUAAGAUUUCCCUUCACUGGAACUAAGGGGCCGAGCCUGAACCAUGAAGAACAGCCCCCGACCAUUAUUUCUCCAACCUUUACAGUUCUGCCAAACCCAGAUUAGUUUGUCCAACUGCCAGAUGGUGAAGUGUGAUUUGUGAGCCGUUGUUGCUCCUAGACGUUUCCACUUCACAAUAACAAUACUUCAUGUUGACCAGGGCAGCUCAAGCAGGGUAGAAAGUUGACAAACUGAAUUGUACAACGUUGCAAGUCACAGCUCUUCAGUAAGGCCAUUCUACUGCCAAUGUUUGUCUAUGGAGAUUGCAUGGCUGUGUGCUCGAUUUUAAUACAGCUGUCAACAAUGGUUGUGGCUGAAAUAGCCGACUCCAGUUUUGAAGGAGUGUCCAGAUACUUUUGUGUAUAUAAACAUCCUCUCACUGUCAACUGCUUUUAUUUUCAGCAAACUUAACAUGUGUAAAUAUUUGUAUGAAGAUGACAAGAUUAAACAACUGAGACAUAAACUGAACAAUUUCCACAGAAAUGGAAUAAUGUGUCCCUGAACAAAGGAGGGGGUCAAAAGUAACAGUCAGUAUCCGGUGUGGCCACCAGCUGCAUUAAGUAUUGCAGUGCAUCUCCUCUGCAUGGACUGCACCAGAUUUGCCAGUUCUUGCUGUGAGGUGUUACCCCACUCUUCCACCAAGGCACCUGCAAGUUCCCGGACAUUUCUGGGGGGAAUGGCCCUAGCCCUCCGAUCCAACAGGUCCCAGACGUGCUCAAUGGGAUUGAGAUCCGGGCUCUUAGCUGGCCAUGGCAGAACACUGACAUUCCUGUCUUGCAGGAAAUCACGCACAGAACGAGCAGUAUGGCUGGUGGCAUUGUCAUGCUGGAGGGUCAUGUCAGGAUGAGCCUGCAGGAAUGGUACCACAUGAGGGAGGAGGAUGUAUUCCCUGUAACGCAAAGCUUUGAGAUUGCCUGCAAUGACAACACGCUCCGUCCGAUGAUGCUGUGACACCUCCCAGACCAUGACAAACCCUCCACCUUCAAAUCGAUCCCGCUCCAGUGUACAGGCCUCGGUGUAACGCUCAUUCCUUCGAUGACCAGCACGAAUCCGACCAUCACCCCUGGUGAGACAAAACCGCGAGUCGUUAGUGAAGAGCACUUUUUGCCAGUCCUGUCUGGUCCAGUGACGGUGGGUUUGUGCCCAUAGGCGACAUUGUUGCUGGUGAUGUCUGGUGAGGACCUGCCUUACAAGAGGCCUACAAGCCCUCAGUCCAGCCUCUGUCAGCCUAUUGCGGACAGUCUGAGCAUCAAUGGAGUGAUUGUGCAUUCCUGGUGUACCCUGUGCAGUUGUUGUUGCCAUCCUGUACCUGUCCCGCAGGUGUCACGUUUGGAUGUACCGAUCUUGUGCAGGUGUUGUUCCACGUGGUCUGCCACUGCAAGGACGAUCAGCUGUCCGUCCUGCCUCCCUGUAGCGCUGUCUUAGGUGUCUCACAGUUUGGACAUUGCAAUUUACUGCCCUGGCCACAUUUGCAGCAUACCUAAGGCACGUUCAUGCAGAUGAGAAGGGACCAUGGGCAUCUUUCUUUUGGUGUUUUUCAGAGUCAGUUAAAAGGCCUCUUUAGUGUCCUAAGUUUUCUUAACUGUGACCUUAAUUGCUUACCGUCUGUAAGCUGUUAGUGUCUAAACGACCGUUCCACAGGUGCAUGUUUAUCAAUUGUUUAUGGUUCAUUGAACAAGCAUGGGAAACAGUGUUUAAACGCAUUACAAUGAAGAUCUGUGAAGUCUUUUUGGAUUUUUACGAAUUAUCUUUGAAAGAUAGGGUCCUGAAAAGGGGACGUUUCUUUUUUUGCUGAGUUUAUAGUGUAUGUGUGCUGGACUGGUCAAGUCAAAUUUUCAAUGAAUGUCAUUGUGCAAUAACUGUUAUGGCCAUGGAUGCCCAUAUUUGACAUGUAAAAGAACUAUAUUUUUACCAGGUUUCUUUAUCUUGCUGAAUAAACGUGAUUGUUAAUUCAGUGUAAUGUUCAUUACAUUACUUAUAUUCAUAACAAAUUGUACAUCCGAAUGGAUGAUUUUUUAAAAACUUUUUAUAGUCUGUUUUAUAUGGUAUCAUUGACGGGGUGAUGCACACUGCAGACACAAAGUUUCUAAACCCAGAGGGGCAACAUCGCGAGACUGCCGGGAAUGCUUGUGAAGCAGAUCAAGCAGACAAUGCGGGUUUUGGGUUAGAGAUGUCAAAAGAGUAGUGAAACAUUCUUCUUUAGCUGUUCAUUUUCUGGAAAUGUAGGUACAACCUAUAAACGUAUUAAGUAGUUGAACAUGUUAUUACCCCAACUUCGUGAAAUUGACCAACUGACACGUUUACAUUUGUCAAAAAAACUACUUUAUAAUGGAAGGGGUGCCUUUGAUUUGAUGGCGGCAAAAUGCGCAGUUCGACGCGAGACAAACCUGAGACAAGAUUGUGUUUCUGCGCAUGAGUUUAGCAAGCCAACGUCUCCAUGACAUCGCCUACAAGCGUGAUCGGGGAUUUUGAUUGGAGAAGCAGUUUCUCCCUAUGCUGUACUGUCUUUGCUGCAGAAACCACGCCACCUUGUUACAGCCGUGGUAUUUAUCAUGCGCUAUCUCUUUAAGAUAAUGGAGACGCCCACAAGCACGUGAUUUGUUUUCAUCCAAUGUAUGACUUAAAAUAUAAAAACUGGUUCAAACCGGUUUCUAUCUUAUAUUUUACAUUCGGUCAUUAUUUUACAUUCACCAUUGUUGCAUUGCUAACGUGGCUAGAAGAGCUUAGUGAGAUAGCCAACAACUCACAUUAAAAAAAGAAAAAAAAGAAAAUUGUGUUGCAAUUCCCGAACAAUCAUCAACAUGCCUAAAAGAAAGAGUGCUACCAAGGGAGAUGAGCCUGCAAGACGUUCAGCACGUUUGUCAUCUAGACCUGCGCCAAAGCCGGCUGCCAAACCCAAAAAAGCGGCAGCACCCAAAAAGCCAGUCAAAGGAAAGAAGGCAGCUGAGAACGGUGAUGCCAAGGCUGAGGCGAAGGUUGAAGCCGCUGGAGACGCCAAAUGAAGAACUGUUUGAAGUUGUGAUCAUUCUGUGUACUUGGUGACUGUACAGUUUAAAAUAAGUAUUUUUUACCAAGUUUUUUUUAUAUUAAAAGAUAUCAUUUAUAGUUCAUUGUGGGCUUACAUUUGACGUAAUGAAGCUGUUCCCAAGGGGUUGUCACGUUCAUAUCCAUUUUUUAUGCCUUGUUUAAAUGAAUACCGUCCAUAUCCAGUCAAAGUUUUAAAAACCACACAGAAAAAACUUCUACCCCUGUUUUGUUUUUUUACUGCUGAAUGUUAUUUUCCAACAUAAAUCUAAACAUUAAAGGCAGCUAAAGUGUGUUUCUAAAAUGUUUAAGAGGAAUAGGGUUUUUGCCACUCCUUUUAGUUUUUUAUUGUACAAGUAAUAUGAAUUAAUUACAUACCAAAUGUUUUGAAUCAACAUCAGAUCUUCUCAUUCAGGAGACAAAAGACACCGUUUGAAAGUAAUCACUAACUUGUAUUAGGUCAACACACAAAAUUAAUAAUGUGAACUUAAUCAUUUGUUCUAUUGUUUAUUUUAUUAAAUUGUUCUGUAAAAACAGUGGAAAGAGCUAUUGUGACGCCUAUGAAAUUUUAAAUGUUCUUGAAUAAAAUGAUAAAAAGGCUA